GGCCGAGUCAUCUGGCACCGCGAAGCCAGGCAAUCCAAUACUUAAUGGCGGCCCACCGCAGCUGGCCGCGCUCCCGAAGCGCCGGCUCUCCUGAGCAGGAGAACUCGGCUCUUUUUCUUCCUCGCGGGUGGCAGCUAGCCUGGCUGCAUUUUUGCAUUUCUUGACACUCCUUUUCUCUAGCUACCCCGAGUUACCUUAUCUCGAGCCCGGACGGGUGCGCCUGGCCGUGAUGCCCUUCUUCGCGAACACGCCCGAGUCCCGGCUGGGCCGUACCGACUCCAAGAACCCGUUGACGACAUGCCGAGGCAUCACUUCGAGCGGCAGGCCGUGCAGGCGCCCGCUAGCGAACGCAGCGGCCCCCUCGGCCAGCUCCCGCCUGAAACCCACGAGCAUCCGCGACGAUGACCCCGCCGACGAGACCCUGUACUGCUGGCAGCACAAGGACCAGGCGAGCGCCUCGGCGAAGUCGAGUCCGGGGCCUAGGAUGUCCCACACUCCAAUCCUCGAGCAGCGAACGAGCAUAGACACUUUGGCCGACCGCCUGGGCCUCCUCCACACGCAAUCGGAGAAGCCCCCCAAGCAGCAGCAGGGAUCGGGCCGGCGAAAGCAACACCAACGCCCGAGCAAGACGACGCGCCCGAAGCCGAAGAACGACGCGGUUUUCUGCUGCUGCCUCCGCAUCCCCGUCGACGAGACCGUGCCCCCGCCACGCCCCAAACCCCAGCCGGUGCAGCCCGCGGUGUCCACCCCGCCGAGAGACAGCAAGAAGAAGCCGUCGAGCCAGUACCUGUCGCCUUCGCCUUCCCCGUCUCCGUCCCGGCCUCGGCCGGGGUCGGGCCUGUCGCCAGGACGCAGCUCGCGCCGCGCCUCGGAGGCCUCGCAGACGGCGCAGUUCAUGUCGCUGAUCCCGCAGGACGCCUCACCGCAGACGGCCUCGCAGCUCCUGGCCGAGCUCGCCAAGCCCUUCUCGCCGCAGGACGAGCCGGGGUACAUCUACAUCUUCUGGCUGACGCCCGAUUCGGAGCCGUCGGCGCCGCCGGCCGAGGCGGCCCGCUCGCUGCUCGCUCCGCCGUCCGCCUCCCCGAACCGCGCGCGCAACGGCCGGCGGCCGAGCGACGUUCUCGCCUCCUUCGCGAGGUCAAUUGAUGACGACGGCGGCGCCGAGGACGAGCAGGACGAUGGAGUCAAUGAGUUAGCUCGCGGCGCGACCAGUCCCAGGCCAAAGAAGCCGGCCGCCAAGCAAACGAGGAAAACGAUCCUCCUCAAGAUCGGCCGUGCCACCAACGUGCAGCGCCGGCUCAAUGAGUGGCAACGCCAAUGUGGCUACAACCUGUCACUGAUCCGGUACUAUCCCUACAUUCCCUCGUCGGUGUCGUCUUCGGCGAGCAGCGGCAGCGGUGACGGCGGCGGCCCCGCCGUGACGCCGCGCAAGAUGCCGCACAGCCACAAGGUCGAGCGGCUCGUGCACAUCGAGCUGGCCGGCCGCGGCCUGCGCGUGGCGGACCGCGAGAAGUGCGCGGCCUGCGGGCGCGAGCAUCGCGAGUGGUUCGAGGUCGAGGCCAGCAGGGCCGCCGUGGCCGAGGUGGAUGAGGUGGUGCGGCGGUGGUCGGACUGGGACGAGGCGCAGGCGUCGAGCGCCGGUUGAGGCUUGUAAGAAGGUUUCGGGUUUUCGGGGGGUUGGUUCAGGAGGGAUAUGACGACACGACGCAUGCACAUUUCGUGGAUAGGGCGGGAGGCUGACAUCUUAGCACAUCUUAGCAUAGCGUUUGGCGCUUGGAGUUGUGGUCAUUAUUCCAUGAUUUACGUAUCUAUCUUCCAUACCCACCCCAAUAUCACGUCCUAAUUUCUGCAGGCGUCGGUGUACGCAUGUCGCGAAACACGCCUCUAUAGCACGUACCAAC